AUGACAGAUGACAAAGAUGUGCUUUGAGAUGUGUGGUUUGGAUGAAUUCCAACUUGCUUCACACGCUACCAGGAUGAGAUAACUGAAAGAGAAGCAGAACCAUAUUAUUUGCUUUUGCCAAGAGUAAGUUAUUUGAUGUUGGUAACUGACAAAGUGAAAAAGCACUUUCAGAAGGUUAUGAGACAAGAAGACAUUAGUGAGAUAUGGUUUGAAUAUGAAGGCACACCACUGAAAUGGCGUUAUCCAGUUGGUUUGCUAUUUGAUCUUCUUGCAUCAAGUUCUACUCUUCCUUGGAACAUCACAGUACAUUUUAAGAGUUUUCCAGAAAAGGACCUUCUGCAUUGUCCAUCUAAGGAUGCAAUUGAAGCUCAUUUUAUGUCUUGUAUGAAAGAAGCUGAUGCUUUAAAGCAUAAAAGUCAAGUAAUCAACGAAACGCAAAAAAAAGAUCAUAAGCAGCUCUGGAUGGGAUUACAAAAUGGUAAAUACAGUAGUGUUUAA